GGCACAACAAGACAGGCAAGAUAAUGUACUACUAAGGGCAGAAAAUGAGAACCUCAAGAAUGAGAAUUAUCGGUUGCAAGCAGCACUAAGAAAUAUUGUGUGUCCAAACUGUGGAGGUCCAGCCAUGCUGGGAGAGAUGGGGUUUGAUGAACAGCAGCUUCGAAUCGAAAAUGCCCGUCUCAAAGAAGAGUUCGAGCGCGUAUGCUGUCUUGUUCAACAAUACAAUGGAAGGCCAAUCCAGGGAAUUGGACCGAAUUCUCUCCUUGCCCCUUCCUUGGACUUGGAUAUGAGUAAUUAUCCAAGAAAAUUUGAGGAGCAUUGCUCUGAUAUGAUCCCUCUACCUUUUAUGCCUGAAAAUCCCCAGUUCCCGGCAGGGAAUGUCCUGAUCUUGGAAGAGGAAAAGGCUUUAGCUGUUGAAUUGGCAAUGUCAUCUAUGGAUGAACUCAUGAAAAUGUGCCAGACGGGCGAGCCACUAUGGAUCCUAGCAACGGACACUGGGAAGGAAGUACUGAAUGUAGAAGAGUAUGCAAGAAUGUUUUCAUGGUCUAUAAAUCUCAAGCAUCAGGAAUUCAGGGUCGAGGCUACCCGGGGCACUGCCGUCGUCAUUAUGAAUAGUGUUACCCUGGUUGAUGCAUUCUUGGAUGCUGUAAGUCUUUAGUUUCUCUUUAUUUGU